CUCCCAAAGUAAAGUUGCUGUUAAAUGGUGGUGUAGAUGAGAAGGACGCACUCGCGUGUGGAAUAUCUGCAGUCGGCUAUAAUGCUCCAUACAGAGCAAACAACAUCAACAGAUACAGCUUGAAUCUGCAAAGCUUCACACCAUGUACUGGAAAGAUGAGCAGACCCUUUCCUGCCCUGGCGUGGAUGAGUUCGAGUCGGGAACCGAGAACAGAAGCUCAACUCAAGACCUGUUGGAAGAAGUGUCGUGUCCGUCGUCUUCUGUCUCGUCGCCCACCGUCUCUCCACCUCAUACCAUGACUGAGAAAGCCAUGUGCACCAGCUGCGGCAUGGAGAUUGUGGACAAAUACCUGCUCAAGGUGAACGACAUGUGCUGGCACGUGCGCUGUCUCUCGUGCAGCGUGUGUCAGACGUCACUCGGCCGCCACAUCAGCUGCUACAUCAAAGAGAAAGAGAUCUUCUGUAAACUCGACUACUUCAGGAAAUACGGGACCCGAUGCGCUCACUGCGGCAGGAACAUCCACUCCAACGACUGGGUUCGUCGAGCCAAAGGGAACACCUACCACCUGGCCUGCUUCGCCUGCUUCUCCUGCAAACGCCAGCUGUCUACAGGAGAGGAGUUCGCUCUGGUGGAUGAGCGAGUGCUCUGCCGUGUGCACUACGACCGCAUGCUGGACAACCUGAAACGUGCCAUGGAGAACGGAAAAGGAAUGAAUGUAGAAGGUGCUGUACCUUCAGAACAGGAAGUAAACCAGCCCAAGCCGGCGAAGAGAGCACGCACGAGCUUCACGGCUGACCAGCUGCAGGUAAUGCAGGCUCAGUUUGCUCAGGACAACAACCCAGAUGCGCAGACCCUGCAGAAGCUGGCUGAAAGGACCGGACUCAGCCGUAGAGUUAUUCAGGUUUGGUUUCAGAACUGCCGAGCUCGUCAUAAGAAGCAUGUGAGUCCGAACCACUCGUCCACGGCACCGGUGUCGUCCCUGCAGCCGGGCAGACUGUCCCCGCCUCUGAUGGAGGAGCUGCAGUACACGGCGUUCACUCCGGUCGACACACCCAUGCUCACGACUCUGCACUCGUACAUGGAUGGUCAGUUCAACCCUGUCUCCGACGUCGUUGGUGUUCCAGCCUCUCCUGCCCCACUCAAUGACGCAGCUGCCCAUCAGCCAUGCCUGAGACAAACCCCACCCACUUUACCCUCUCAACCAAUCAGGUCAGAGUCUAGAGGAAAGCGUGAGGAACUUUUCAUUGCUCUGUUCACUGUCUUGCACCGUGACCCUGUAACUGUUCUAUCUGUUCAUGAGCGUUUACUGAAGGAUGGUCCAAAAAAAACACAAGCUUUCGAUGUUAUUGUGAACGGCUGAAGUUUUUUUGUUUAAUAUAAAUAUAUAACAGUUGAAAUACAUCUCAUUUAAUUUAUUUUAUGUGACUGAGCACUUUGUUUUUGAAAUAAAUUUAUGAUGGAAGUUUUAGUUUCUGGUUUUUGUUGAUUUGUACAGCUGCUUUUUUUUUUUUGUGGA